AUGCCCUGCUCUCAUUCCGAAUUUUCCAACCCAAUCGUACGGGCCAACCCCUCGACCUCACCCCUCCACCGAUACGCUCCCCGCCUCUCACGUGCAUUUCUUUUCAUCGAAUUUUUAUAUCUCAUCCUGUUCCUAUCUAUCUAUCUAUCUAUCUAUCUAUCUAUCUAUCUAUCUAUCUAUCUAUCUAUCUAUCUAUCUCAAUCUGUUCAUAUCUAUCCCAAUCUGUUCAUAUAUAACCCAGUGUUUUCAUUAUCUAUCUAUCUAUCUAUCUAUCUAUCUAUCUAUCUAUCUAUCUAUCUAUCUAUCUAUCUAUCUCAAUAUGUUGAUAACAAUCUAUGUCAGUCUGCUCAUUAUCUAUCUAUCUAUCUAUCUAUCUAUCUAUCUAUCUAUCUAUCUAUAUCUAUCUCAAUCUGUCCAUAUCUAUCUAUCCUAAUCUGUUCAUAUAUAAGGAGUCUUUUCAUUAGGAUAUCUAUCUAUUCAUCUACGAAUCUAUCUAUCUAUCUAUCUAUCUAUCUAUCUCAAUAUAGUUGA